ACACACUUCGCCACCUCUACGGCUCCACCUUCCACUCCUCACCGCCUGCUCCGCUGCUCGCCUCGCUCUGCUCCACUGUCCACACGCGCGCGCACUUCCACGGUUCUGCCCCUGUCGCUCUCCAUGUUCGCCGCUUCCACCGCCACCACCCGCCUCCUGCUGCCGCGCCCGGCCGGCCCCUGCCGGGGCCUCCCCUUCCAUCCACUCCUCCUCCCACGCCACCGCUCCCGCCGCGCCGUCGACGCCAGGAGCGCUGCCUCCGGCGGCAGCGGCGCUGCCAAGCAGCCUCCUAGGACGCUGUUCCCUGGCGGGUUCAAGCGGCCUGAGAUUCAGGUCCCGGCGCUCGUCCUCCGCGUCGGCGUCGACGAGGCGCUCGGCUCCGGCGACACGGUGGCCUCCGCGGUGGCGCGGGGCGUGGGGAUCGUCGUGCUCGAAGCUGGCGAGGAGGGCGGCGGGCGCGCGUACGAGGCCGCACGCGCGCUCAAGGCAGCAGUAGGGGACCGCGCGUACCUGCUGAUCGCGGAGCGCGUCGACGUCGCCUCGGCGGUCGGGGCGAGCGGCGUCGUGCUCGCCGACGAUGGUAUUCCUGCUAUUGUUGCAAGGAGCAUGAUGAUGAAAUCCAACUCUGAAUCCAUAUAUCUCCCUCUCGUUGCUAGAACGGUUCAGUCUUCGGAUUCUGCAAGAAGCGCUUCCAGUUCUGAAGGGGCUGAUUUUCUUAUCGUGAACACCAGGACUGAUGAUUUUUCGAGUGCUAUCAGUGGUGUUGGUGCUCAAAAUGUCAAGAUUCCAAUUUUCUUCACCUUAAAUGAUUCACAAAGUGAAGGCUCUUAUUCCGAUACCUCAUCCAAGCUGCUCCAGUCUGGUGCAUCUGGAAUUGUUUUGUCCUUGGCUGGCAUCCACCAUCUCACUGACAAUAUUAUAGAAAGGGAUUUUUCAAGAGUGGAUACAACUGAUGGAGUACCACAAGCCACUUACUUAUCUGCUAGUACGUCGGAAGAAACAAAUAAUGUGAUGGUCCUAAGUCGUGAGAAGACAAAAGUUGCUGGAUUUACAAAACUGGAUGAAAAAGUGAUGGAGCUGAUAGCCAUGGAAAAGCCUAUUCUUAAUGAAGCUGUUGCUGUUAUUCGCAAGGCAGCACCAAUGAUGGAAGAGGUUGAACUUCUAGUUGAUGCUGCUUCUCGCCUGAGUGAGCCAUUUUUGUUGGUUAUUGUGGGUGAAUUCAACUCGGGAAAAUCAACUUUUAUAAAUGCUCUACUUGGAAGGCAGUAUCUUCAGGAAGGAGUUGUACCCACGACAAAUGAGAUCACCCUGCUCUCAUAUUCAGAGGUUGAUUCUGAAAGCAUGGAACGAUGUGAGAGGCACCCGGAUGGUCAAUUCACAUGCUAUUUAUCAGCUCCAAUUUUAAAGGAGAUGAACCUAGUUGAUACACCUGGAACAAAUGUUAUUCUCCAGAGGCAGCAGCGACUCACUGAAGAAUAUGUGCCACGAGCUGACUUAAUACUCUUUGUCCUGUCAUCAGAUAGACCAUUGACUGAAAGUGAGGUUGGAUUUCUCCAGUAUGUCCAGCAGUGGAAGAAGAAAGUUGUAUUUGUUCUAAACAAAUUGGAUCUCUAUCGGAAUAGUGAUGAGCUUGAAGAAGCCACUGCCUUUAUCAAGGAAAAUGCAAGGAAAUUGCUUAACACAGAGCAUGUAACACUGUUUCCUGUGUCUUCACGCUCUGCUCUGGAAGUCAAACUUUCAUAUUCAAAGAACAAUGAUAGAGAGCAUUAUGGGAAAGUUUUGUUAAAUGAUCCUAGAUGGAGAAGCAGCAAGUUUUAUGAUCUUGAGCAUUACCUAUUGAGCUUCUUAGAUGGAUCAACAGAUAAUGGAAAGGAAAGGGUCCGAUUGAAACUUGAAACACCAAUUGGAAUUGCAGAUCGUUUGCUAACUUCAUGCCAAAGACUUGUGAAACUAGAGUAUGAAAAGUCUAUUGAUGAUUUAACAGCCAUCAAGGAUCUUGUUUCUGGUGCAAACAGUUACGCUGUGAAAAUUGAGGCCGACAGCAAUUCUUGGCAGAAACAGAUUUCAUCUCUUAUUGAGAGAGCUAAAAGUCGAGCUAUAACGCUCAUGGAAUCUACGCUUCAGUUAUCAAACAUUGACCUUAUUUCUACAUACAUGCUUGCUGGAGAAAAAGGCACUUCUGCCAAAGCCACAUCAUUUGUUCAAAAUGAUAUUCUGAGUCCUGCCCUUGACGACGCAGUCAAUUUAAUGGGUGAAUAUUCAACAUGGUUGAGUUCUAGCAAUAUCCGUGAAGCAAAUUUAUAUCUGGAGUGUUUCCAUGAAAGGUGGAGUUCAUUGCUUACUCAGGAAGAAAGGCUCCCAUCAGAUCCAAAUGAACUUGUUAAUGAAGGAGAGAAACUCAGCAUAAAGGCACUAAAUGGCUUCAGUGCUUAUGCUGCUGCUAAGGUUUUUGAAGCAGAAAUUCGUGAAGUGGCUACCGGAACUUUUGGAGGGCUUGGCGUUGCUGGAUUGUCAGCUUCUCUUUUGACCUCUGUUCUGACAACUACACUUGAAGAUUUACUUGCUCUUGCUCUUUGCUCAGCUGGCGGGUUUUUUUGCAAUAUCAAAUUUCCCUGGUCGACGAAAGCUUGCAUUAGAGAAGGUCAGCAAGGCUGCAGAUGAUCUAUCUCGUAAAGUCGACGAAGCUAUUCAGGAGGAUAUAUCUCAGAGUGCUAGUAAACUAGUCCAGUUUGUUGACGUUCUCAGUAAACCAUACCAGGACGCCUGCCAGCGAAAAAUAGAUUGGCUGCAGGGUGUUCAG